AUUUUUCCUCCCCCCCCACACACACACACACUUCCAUCACCCAGGCGGCGAGGCCCUGCUCUUCUCGUCUCCUCGCCUCUCCCUUCUCCCUCACCACGUCCCGCGCGCUCCUCUCGACGACGCCGUCGCCGCCGCCCUCCGAUCCGCCUAGGGUUUCUCCCGCCCCCGCGCGCGUCGCAGCCACGUCGCCCACGGCCAUGGUGAUCCCGGCCGAGCCGCGGCCGCCGCCUCCCCCGGAUCCCGCCGCCGACGCCGCUGCGGCGGCCGCGGCCGCGGCCACGUCGAGCGCGCGCCAGGCCGCCGCCGCCUUUUCCUCGUUCCCGUCGCUCAAGACGUGGGGGAGCCACCGCGUGCUGCGGUGCGCGGCCCACGUCAACCGCGCCGGCGCCGGCAUCGCGAGCGCCAACGCUGCCGCCAGGCGCUCCCCGGGGAAGGUCGACGCGGACGCGGAGAAGGCGGCCCCGCGCCACCCGAGCGGGGUGGGAGCGGGGAGCAGCGACGCCGCCGGCGUGGGCCACCACGUGGCGGCGGUGGCGGAGGACGCGGAGCCUACCUCCGCCUCGCGGCCGUGGAAGCUGCGCACCCGGCGGCGCCCCAAGGUGGCGGCGCCGUCCGCGAGCGCGUCGCCGCCGCCGGAGCGGAGGCCGUCGCGGGCGCGCGCGGAGCCCCUCGACCGGGCGCGGUUCUCCGUGACGCUGACGACCGAGGAGAUCGAGGAGGACGUCUACGCCUUCACCGGCGCCCGCCCGCGCCGCCGCCCUAGGCGGCGGCCCCGCGCCGUGCAGAAGCAGCUCGAUAUGCUAUUCCCCGGCUUGUGGCUGUCGGAGAUCACCGCCGAGUCCUACCGGGUGCCGGACGACCGGUGAGAGGCGCGGACCCCGUCGCCGGCCCGCCCGAGCACCCCCCGAGCCGUCGGCGAGGACGCAACGCAAGGCAAGCAAAUUCGCCAAUCGGAACCCCGGUGUUGUUAAUUCUUUCUUUAGCCUCCGCCGUCUUCUGCUGGUGAUGUUACCGUGAUCUAAUCAGCUACCGGUAAUUAUAAUUAUUAAUUAAUUAAUUGAUCGAAAUAGAAUGCUAGUAGCAGCAAGUGGCUCGUAUCAAGUUGUUAUCUUUAGCGAAUGUACGUAAGGGAUGGUUUGGUCUGGUGUGCGUGCUUGUGUUGGCCCUUGAUGGCACAUUUCUUAUUAUCAUCUGGGUAGCAAUCCAAUGUUGGUGCUGUCUUGCUCCUCGCGUCGCUGUUUCGUCUCCACCAAGUUGCAAUGGCGCACGAAUUUGGAAAAUAAUGACCCGUACUUAUCA